CCCCGCCGUCCCCGGCCCGCGCCUGGGCUCCGGGCCAUGGGGCGCCCGGGCGGGCGGGCGGGCGGCCGGAGCAGGAGCCCAGCGGGACACUGGCCAGACGGACGGGCCGGCAGGACCGCUCCCGGGGGGCCGGGCCCACGCAUCCCUUCCCGGGUCCUCUGGAGGGUAGAUGUGGGGUCCCAGCCACCCCCCUGGCCGGUGCUCCCUCUAAUCUACACAAUGGGCUUGUGAAGGCGGAUGCUUCUGGGGACUCCUGUGCAGCUUGCCCUCUGUGGAUGAUGGGUGACGACGGACUCUGUGAACACCCCAAACCCAUGGAAUUUCUCGACAUCUAUUUGGGAGACCGCAUGCAGCUCCACCCAGAAGCACACCUGAGGGAGACGCGCGGCCGCCCUGACCCUCUCGAACCUUGCGGGGAGCAGACCUGGGCCUCUGACCCUCCUGAUUCCACGAGGCGAGAUGUUCAUCCCAGGGGCUCAAGCCCAGAGCCCACGCACCCGGGGAGCGGCUCUUCCCAGGAAGGGGCAGGGCAGAAAGCAGCAUCCCCCGGGUCACCCCGGGACAGCCAUCCUCUGGGGAGCCCAAGGCAGAGCCAGAGCACGUCCACCCAGGUGGUGUUCUGGGCGGGCAUCCUGCAGGCCCAGAUGUGCGUCCUGGACCUGGAGGAGGAGCUAGAGAAGACGGAAGGGAUCAGAGCUGAGCUGAGAUGCUGCCUCCCCACGGCGUCUCCCAACCUCCCCGCUUUCCCCUCCAGCCCGGUGGGACCCCGGGACUCAGGCCUCCGCCCCAGCCCACCCGUGGACGUGCACGAGGCCUCGGGGGAAGAUAGCAGCGGGCCUGAAGGGGAGAACCGGAACCCGGCAUGGCCGAGGGAGGGCGCGCCAGACUCGUCCCCGGAGUGGGGUCCCGAGGAGGAGAGCAUAUUCUUUGACAACCCCCUCUUCCUGGAGAGCCCUUCCUCGGUCCCCAGUGUGUCUGAAGCGCGCUUUUCCUGGGGGUCCUCAGAUCCCUGCGCAGAUGUGAGGACGGGGCCCCAGAGCCCGCAGACCCUGGAGCCCUCACCCCCAGGAGGCAGCGUGCCGUGGGAGCUGGGCAGGGAACCGGAUCUGGGGGACAGCGCAGUGGAUUCCAGCGGGCACGCCACACCGCCGUUCCUUGUACCCACCUGCAGGCCGCGCUCCUCCUCCUGGGCUGUGGUGGGCACCCCCGAGGGGGCUCCCGCAGCACCUCCCGGCCAGGAGGAGAGUGAGACCCCUCUGGGAGACAGUCUUGCCCCUGCCCCAUCAGCAGUAUCCUGUGUGGACGAAGCAUUGACCUGGGAAACAGAACGUGUGGGAUCUGAUGCCAGCCCUGCCACAUAUCCUGUGCAACCUUGGGCUCUGCCAAGUCCCGAGGGCUGGCAGACCAAGGACGUUCCUUCCUGGCCCCAGGGGCCUCUUCGCCCCCAGGACACAGGUGACAGGCAUGCAGAGCGCACCCAGGAGUCUGCUCCUUGCACCGUGUCCCCUGGCCCCUGGGGGAGCCCAGGCUCUUCGCCGGAGCCGAGCAGCCCUGAGUCUGAGGCCAGAGGCCCCAGCCCCCGGCCCAGCCCCCUGUCCUCCCAGGAAGGCAGCCCGCAGCUCUGGAGCCACCACCCGGGCAGCGUUCUUCCCACGUGGAUGCUAGAUACUUCAAGCCCUUCAUUCCUGAAGACGGCUGGGGCAGAGCCAAGUUCGCUGGAGAAAGAGAAGGCAGGAGAGGCCCCAAGCCCAGGGAAGGAAGUAAAGAGCGAAGGCCCAGCCAGGACUGCCGAGGCUGGAGCCAGCCAGCCUGACGUUCUCUUGACUUCUACAGAAGGGCUUCCUGAGAGCCCCAUGCCCCAAGCGCAGCCCCCAGAGGAAGGCCAAAGGCCACCAGCUGGAGGCAAGCUGGAGAAUGGCGUCAGGACCGACAAGGGGGCCUGGAACUUGGCCUCCCGCCUCUAUCGCCUGGAGGGCUUCCGGAAGUCCGAAGUGGCCGCUUACCUGCAGAAGAACAACGACUUCAGCAGGACGGUGGCCGAGAAGUACCUGUCCUUCUUCCAGUUCGGAGGCCAGAGCCUGGACCGCGCGCUCCGGGCCUUCCUCCACUCCCUGGUGCUCAGUGGGGAGACCCAGGAGCGGGAGCGGAUCCUCCACCAGUUCUCCAAGCGCUUCUAUCACUGCAACCCUGGGCUCUUCUCCUCAGUAGACUGCGUGCACACCUUGACCUGUGCCAUCAUGCUCCUUAACACGGACCUGCAUGGACAGAACAUCGGGAAAAGCAUGAGCUGCCAGGAAUUCAUAACCAACCUGAACGGCCUGCGGGACGGCGGGAACUUCCCCAAGGAACUGCUCAAGGCCCUCUACUGGUCUAUCCGCAGUGAGAAGCUCGAGUGGGCCGUGGAUGAAGAAGACGCAGCCAGACCCGAGAAGGCCCGGCCGUCUCCCCUGGCUGGCAAGAUGAGCAACCCCUUCCUCCAGCUGGUCCAGGACCCCACGGUGCCCACCUACAAGCAGGGCAUCCUGGCUCGGAAGAUGCAUCAGGAUGCGGAUGGCAAGAAGACGCCGUGGGGCAAGCGCGGCUGGAAGAUGCUCCAUGCCGUCCUGCGAGGGAUGGUCCUCUGCUUCCUGAAGGGAGAGGACCACGGCCUUGAGGGGGAGAGCUUGCUGGGGCAGAUGGUGGACGAACCGGUAGGGGUGCACCACUCGCUGGCCACUCCCGCCACCCACUACACCAAGAGGCCGCACGUCUUCCAGCUGCGCACGGCCGACUGGCGCCUCUACCUCCUCCAGGCACCCACUGCCCGGGAGAUGACUUCCUGGAUAGCACGCAUCAACCUGGCCGCCGCCACGCACUCGGCGCCGCCCUUCCCCGCCGCGGUGGGCUCCCAGCGCAAAUUCGUCCGGCCCAUCCUGCCCGUGGGCCCCGCCCAGAGCUCCCUGGAAGAGCAGCAUCGAUCCCACGAGAGCUGCCUGGAUGCCGCCUCCGACGACCUGCUGGAUCUGCAGAGAAGCUUACCGGAGCGGCGGAGCCGCAGCCGAGAGCUGGAGGACUACCGCUUGCGGAAGGAGUACCUGGAGUACGAGAAAACCCGUUACGAGACCUACCUGCAGCUGCUGGUGGCCCGUCUGCACUGCCCGUCGGAUGACCUGGACCUGUGGGAGGAGCAGCUGGGGAAGGAGGCUGGAGGCCCGCAGGAGUCCAAGCCCAGCCUGAAGAAGUCCCACUCCAGCCCGUCCCUGCACCUGGAUGAGGCCCCCACCACGGCCAAGGUCAAGCGCAACAUCUCAGAGCGCAGAACCUACCGGAAGAUCAUCCCCAAGCGGAACCGCAAUCAGCUGUGAAGCGGGUGCCCCCUCACCGACUCCGCCCCCACGGCCUGGGGUGGAUGUGGGAUGAAGCCCCGAGGAAGAGCCUUGUCUCAGCGGGUGCCUGAUGGUGAUGAGGCCCCGCCCUCCCCCGCUGAAGGAUAGCCUUGCUUCCCUGUGGUCCUCCUGCCCUCCCUCGUACACAGGAGUUUUCCUAAUACUGCUGCCCCCGCCCCUGGCUGCGCCCGAGGGCGAUGGGAGGUCAGCAAUUGGGCUCCACUCCCACAGCUCAUCCCAUGUCACCCUCCAUCCCUUCAGAAGCCACAGCGGACACCUGUCCCAGGCCUGCGAGCAGCUCAGUGCUUAUUCGAGAGUCAGAGUACUCGGGGACCCCCGGCCUCCGGGACACAGGCUGGGGCAGCAGAGCCCUCUGGGCAGACAAGCUAGAGGGACCGCAGCCCUGAGGGUGGUCUUGCUCUGGGAAUCGGGUGGCCUGCUGGGAGAGGUCCUGGGAGACCCCAACCAGGCCCCGCCCACUGGGGGGGACAGCCUUCUGGGUAGGGGCAGGGAUGCGGCGAGUUCAAGGGCUCAGUGAGGCUGACCCUGGGGCCCCUGCCUUUGUCUCCUCUCCCACACAUCACCCACUCGCGGUGGGCCAACGAGAGAGGCCCUGCCUUCCACGGCCAACUGCUGAUCAUCAGAGCAGAGCUGAUGGCGGUCGGUGAGGGCCGGAAGGGGUGGCGGCCUCCAGAGCUCGGUGGAGAGCCCUGGAAUGAGGGGCCUUUGCCUCCCCAGAGCAGGGGAGGAGUUGUCUGCGGGUUCAGACCCUAGGGAGGCUGAGGGUAAGAGGUGGUGAUGGAUCUGCAUCCGCUGGGGGCUCUGGAGAGUUGGGGGAGGGGGAUGGGUGGAGGCCUGGCUCCCUUCCCUGAAAGCUCCAUUCCCGAGGGGCUCCUGGACCCUUCUGGACCCCUCCCCUGCCCCAGCCUGCUCCCAGGGGCCUUUGCCACCCUGCCUGGGAAGUCCCCUUGUGCUCCAUCGGGCCGGCUCCCAGCUGGGCUGUUCUCUGGGGGAGGUUCCGGGCACUCGCGGACCUGAGGCUCUGCCUGUGGGAAGGAGGCUGGGCUGCAGGGGCAGCCACCAUUGUCUCUGUUCAGCCAAGUGUGCGAGCAGGCGGCCCGCCAAGAGGGGCCUCGCCACUGCCCGCCUGCUGGCUGACGCACGGCCCCUCUGGCCUUCCUGCCGGCCCUGUCCUCCCCUUCAUGCUUGUAACCAGCCUGGAACUCCACCAGGUGGGGCUGGCACUUGGGGGCCACGACGGGCGUCCGGCCAGGGCCCAGGGCCGGGCCGCACACCCAAAGCGUGCACAGUAAAUGCCAACAAAGAAGGAGGUGUGUACGAGUGUAGGGGGAGGGGAGGGUCAGCCGGUUCCGGGCAGCUGGGGCCACCUGCAGGGUGGCAGGCCGCAUCCCCCUUGCCAUGUGUGCGUGCACGUCUGUGGGCGUGUAUGUAGCACGCUGAGCAUGUUCAGGAGCCACACGUGUAGGCUGUCACAGCUGGAGGGGACCUCAGAAUCAUGUAGUUACCCACUCGCGUUCAUUCUUUCAUUUCACGAGUAAUAUUAACUACCUUUUAUGGGCCAGUACUAUGGGAUUCAAACAUGGAUUAAGCGCAUCCCUGGCCUCCAGGAGAUGACCAUCCUGCCCUCUGGUUUCCAGCUGGCAGUGUAGAGACACGCCGGAGACAUUCCCAUCCUACACCCAGGGAUUCAGAUACAGUAGGUCUGGGUCAGGGACACCAAGAGGUAUUUUUUAGACUCCCCGGGCAGCUCUGAUGUGCUGCAGCAGUUAACAGCCACGGCAGUCUGCUCGUCUCACUUGAUUGAGGUGGGAGUCUAGCGCCAGGUGGACGUGACUUGGCCCAGGAGUGACGCUUAUAGGCUGAAUGGCCGUGAGUGGGUUAUUUGACCUCACUGACCUGUAUGCUUAUUUCUGAAACCCGAAUAAAA